GUGUGGUGGAAUAUAAAAUGGGCGCCGUUGCUAUGCCAUUGGCCCCGCGGAAAUCUCUCUCUUCUUUCCCCCUUUGCUUUCCAUUUACCCAAUUUCUUCCUUUCCUUACUUCUUCUUCUUCUUCUUCUUCUUUCUUCUUCUUCUUUCUUCUUCUUCUCUUUCUUCUUCACGUACCCACAUUGAAUCCUUCACAUUCAAUUCAAACCCCCAUUCAAUGCUCUCUCUAUUUCACAAACCUCCAUUCGCCUGCAUUUCUCUCUGUUCUUUCAUCUUUCAAUGACCCCAUUUCCCUGAACGCCGCUUUAUUCCUCUGCCUUUCCUUUCAUCCAAUUCUCCACGAUUUCUCAACACCCAUCUCUUUGAUUUUCUUUUUUUUUACUCUAAUUAUGUCUGCGGUUUUAGCAAGAACAGGGCGACAUCGUCAGCGAUACGACGAUCAUUUUCGUCUUGUUUCUGGAUGCAUUCCUUAUAGGCUGAUAGAGGACAGCGAGGAAGUUAACGACCAGUGUGACACUGAGAACAAGAUUGAAGUUCUCAUGGUUUCUUCACCAAAUCGUGAUGAUCUAGUGUUUCCAAAGGGUGGAUGGGAGGAUGACGAGACCCUCCUAGAAGCAGCGUGUCGCGAAGCUGUGGAAGAAGCAGGAGUGAGAGGCAAGCUUAACGAAAAUCCUCUUGGAGUUUGGGAGUUUAGAAGCAAAAGCAGUCAGGACAUUUGCAGCAUGGAGGGAGCAUGCAGAGGAUACAUGUUUGCAUUAGAAGUUACAGAAGAGCUUGAGUCAUGGCCAGAGCAGGGAAACCGCCAUAGGAGAUGGCUCAAUGUUAAAGAGGCAUUCAGACUAUGCCGAUAUGAAUGGAUGCGCGUGGCACUUGAAGCCUUUCUUCGAGUAAUGGGGGGAGACGAAAAUGGUGAAGCUACGCAAGAGAUGACGGCAGAGACAAGUGCAGUAACAGUUACAAAUGUGGUUGAUUGUGGAUUGAUAUCAUCUAACUGCUGUGGAAGGCCUCCUCCGUUCAGUCAGCAGCACGGUGGUAGGAGUCAUUCAACAGGCAUAGGAGGCAUUUCAAGGGAUUGCAGAUUAGGCAUUACAUUAACUGAAUGAUGAAAAUCUGUGUAGCGGGUUCGUGUAAUCAGUCUCUGGUGGGGGGGAAGUCGUUCAACUUUGAGAAAGAACAAACAAAACUGUGUAAAGUGGAAGUGAAGGUGAGUAAAACUCAAAGUGCAGCAGAAUUAUGAGAAAAGAGAGAGAAGAGAGCCAGGAGGGGUAGGCUUUUUUUGGGGGGGUGGGCGGGGGGGAGGGAUUUUGUUGGAUGAUGGAUGAUGGAUGAUUGUUUGUAUGUAGAAGAAGAAGAAGAAGAAGAAGAAGAAGAAGAAAGAAGCAACUGUAGUUGGGGAUACAAAAUUAUGUGGCUGGCUUGUUGUUAGUGAUGUUAAUAAGAUAGUUGGAUUGUGAUGGAUGGGUUACUGACUGAUGUUGAUGAAUUUUGGGUGGUGGUGGUGGUGGUUGUAAUGCUUUAGCUGCUGUAAAUGAAGAAGAAGCCAAUCAGUGUACAGUUGGAUUUUAUUUUCUUCUUUAAACUGUUUGUGUUUGGUGCUUAGUGAAAAUGGUUUAGAGGAAAAUUAUCGGGAAUAGUGUACAGUUCCCAAUCUCAUAUCUCUGACCUCUCACCAAAGUACACACACCUUGUCUUUCUGCAUUUCAUUGCAAAUUCCCAUGUUCUUUGCUUCCUCCCUUCCAUUCAACAAUCAAGUUUCACUACAACUUUAAUUCUCCAA